AUGAAUCUACAAUAUGCUUACACUACAAAUAUACAAACUGGUGUAAAAACUCCGCUUAGUAUUUAUCAAGGAGCUUUGUUUUUAAUUCAUCAAGAAAUAUUGUUGGGCGCACUUGGAAUCUUUGCAUUGUUAGUAGGAUUUGUAAUAACGUUUUUUCUUUUUUAUCAAUUCUAUUUGAUUUAUUGUGGUACAACUUCAAAUGAAGCUUUUAAAUGGGAAGAUUUAGAUGAAAUAAUUUCUAAUGAUGAAUUAUGGGUUUAUGAUGGAAAAACCCCUAAAAAUAAACAAAACAACAUGUUACCAUCAUCAAUAUCAUUAAGAACUACUGCUAUGUCUAUUUACUGGAUUCAGCCAAAUAUCAAGAAACGUCAAGUAUCCACUGAUAGUAAAAAUAGUAAAAAUGUAAACGGUAAUAAUAACAAUAGUAAUAAUAAUGGUAAUGAUGUAAAUAUACCAGAUUCAAUAAUACCUUUAAAUAGUAAAAGUGGAAGCAGUAAUCAACAUGGCAAUGAAAAAGUAAAUAAUCAGGAUGUUAACUAUAAUAAUAAUAGUGACAACAAUAAGAGAGUUAUAGGAAGACCAAUAAAAUCAUUAAAAGAAAUUAAAAAUAUUUAUGAUAAAGGACUUUUCGGAAACAUUUCUGAAAUCUUCGAAUCGUUGCUAUAUAGAAUCACAUAUUGUGCCUAUCUAGCUGGUAAAGGAGCGUUCAUGAUGAUGGUAAUGAUUAGGGAUGUCCACCGAAUCUUCUUUUUCAGUAGUAUCGAAACCGAAAGAUUUUCAGAUCGUUAUGUACUUAUUACUGGAUGUGAUUCUAUUGUUGGUAAUUGGCUCGCAAAAGCUUUACAUAAAAGGGGCUAUUAUGUAUUUGUUGGAUGUCAGACAGAAGCAGCUUUCAAAGAAUUUAUUGCUAAUAUUUCUGCACCAAAUUUCCGACCUUUUUUACUUGAUAUAACGAAAGAUACAUCUCUUCAACAAUGUGCUAGAAUGGUGGAACAUGAAACAAAGGGUAAAGGUUUAUUUGCAUUAGUUAAUAAUGCAAGCUGUAAUGAGGGCUUUGCUUUUGAGUUCACUUCUAAUGAUCAAAUCUUAAGAACAAUGGAAAUGAAUUUUAUGGGACCGAUUAAAAUAGUUAAAACUUUAUUACCAUAUCUAAGGCAAAAUAUUAAAUAUAAUCUAAGAAAACCACAAAAGGAACAAGAUAUUUCACCACGCAUUAUUAUGAUGACUUCAAUAUUGGGUAGAACUACUAUACCAUUUUAUGGAGCUUAUAGUGCGUCUAAACAUGCUUUAGAAGCUAUGCUUGAUACUAUCAGAGUUGAAUUAUUACCAUGGAAAAUUCAUAUUUCGAUGAUUGAAUCUGUUCCUUUGACGACAUCGAGUAGAUCAUCAAAUUCUGAUCUUAUGGAUAUCUCUAAAAACUUCUUUUCUUCUCCCGAGCUCACUAAACAAACACUUACUCUUUAUGGUGAAGACUACAUUCAAAAAGCUCUUGAAUUUUGGCAAAAACUUCCUUCCACUCACAACGAUGCCAAUAAAGAUAUUGUAAGAACUAUUGUCGAUGCUAUUGAAGUUGGAUUUCCUAAUGAUCGUUAUGUCGUUGGAACUGUUGCCAAAUUGCAAAUUUUCAUGCAUAAUUUUCUACCCAGAUGGGUACUUGAUUUGGCUUGGGGUAGUUUUAUUAGAUUGUUUGGUGUUUGGCCAAAGGAAGUAAGGGAAUUGGAAGAGGGUCCAUCUGCCGAUCAUUUAUCUCAUACCUCAAUGACAAAUUAA